AGUCGUUAUGGCGUCGCACCGAACGAGAAUGGGAUUUUUCAGCUGCCGCAUGUAUUGCAAUUUACCAGUCAUGUUACACGUUCUUUUGUAGUUAAAUAUACACAUGCAAAUGAAGGAAGAAGAUAAUAUACCCGGAACGGUCAAUGGCACUGUUAUGGAGCGAAAAAAAGGUGGUGUCGAAGAUAGCAGGGGUUGUACGGACACACAGGUCUACGAAGCGGGAUCUAAUCAAGCUGCAGGUCGUGGCGACCGCAAUGGUACAGGAAACCGUGUCGGAACGGGGAUACGCGUUCUAAAGCGGAACAUGAAGAGGAAUGGGAGYAGAGGAUGUGUUACCAGGAAGACCCGCUUUGGAUCGCGGGAGCGGGACUGGCUGAAGGGGGAUGCCCAGCGGGGCUGUGUGUGUCUGUACGGGAGAACAGUUGACCCCCAGCCCCCAGCCUCGGGCCCACAGACCUCCUCCACGCUCCAGGCAGACCUGCGGCUGGUGUUAUGCUCCACCACUACCACGGUGGAGGAGCUGUGUGCCCAGAGAGAAGUAGAGGGACUAUACCUGCAGCUCCAUGGAGACCUGCUCAGGAGGCUGGACCCCUCUGAGCGCCCUCUCCAGAUGGUGUAUGACUACCUGGCUGCUAUAGGCUACCAGGACCCUCUGCGGGUUCAGAGAGAGGCGGCCAACUCGGACCUCAGCUGCAUGAUCCGCUUCUACAGUGAGUGUCCAAUGAACGCAGACCAGCAGGAGCGAACCCUGCUGACGGGCGUGUUCAGCGUCAGGAAGGGGAAGACCCAGCUGCACAAGUGGGCAGAGCGCCAGGUCCUCCUGUGUGGCACCUGUCUGAUUGUGGCCUCCGUCAAAGACAGCCUGACGGGGAAGAUGCACAUCCUGCCCCUGGUGGGGGGAAAGGUGGAGGAGGUGAAGAGGAGACAGCACUGUCUGAUGUUCAGCUCAGCCGGACCUCAGGCCCAGACAUACUUUGUUAACUUCGACACACUGGCAGACUAUCAGAGGUGGCAUCGGCAGGCUUCAAAAGUGGUUUCUCAGACCAUCAGCCUGGUGGAUCUGUCAUGCUACAGUCUGGAGGAGGUGCCAGAGUACCUGUUCUACAGCCAGGACCUCACCCAUCUCAACCUCCGACACAACUUCAUGUCCCUGCAGGGCCCCGGAGGCCUGCUCAACCUCCCCAGGUUUUCCCAGCUGAAGAGCCUGAACCUUUCGCAUAACCGCCUGGGAGUGUUUCCAGAGUCUGUCUGUGAGAUCCUCACCCUGACAGAGCUCAACCUCUCCUGUAACGGCAUGAACACUGUCCCCGCACAGAUAGGCAACCUCCAGAGUCUGCAGACCCUGUCUCUGGAUGGGAAUCAGUUGAGCUUCCUUCCUGAAGAGCUUGGCGGCCUAGCUCAGCUCAGCAGCCUGGGGCUUUCCUUCAACAACUUCCCCCACAUCCCUGGUGUGCUGGAUAGGCUGAGUGGCAUGGACAGGUUAGCCAUGGCUGGGAACAGGGUGGAGACCCUGGAGCUGGGGAUCCUUGCCAGGAUGAGCCACCUCAAGAACAUCGACCUGCGGCUGAACGGUCUGCGCUGGGUGAAGAGUGAGGCCCUGGAGGCAGUGAAGCAGGUGACCCAGCUAGACCUGAGGGACAACCACUUGGCCACCCUGGACCUGAGCUCCAUCUGCAGCCUGGAAACCCUGCACUGUCAGAGAAACCAGCUGAGGGCCCUAACACUGAGUGGCUUCACCCUGCGCACACUCCACGCCAGCAGCAACCGCCUGACCACAGUCAACAUCUACCCAGUACCCAACCAGCUGACACAGAUGGACCUAUCACGGAACCUGCUGGAGUACCUACCUGACUGGGUGUGUGACAGUAGAAAGGUGGAGGUGCUGGACGUUACACACAACUUUCUGUCUGAACUACCAGCCAGACUGCUCAGCAGCCUGAGUCUGAGGAAGCUGCUGGCUGGGAACAAUAGGCUCCAGAGACUGCCUGACCUACUUGACCACGUCCCCCUGGAAGUACUCGACCUCCAGCACAACAAGCUAGGCGAGCUCCCAGAGAGCCUCUUCUACAAGGCCUUAAACCUAAAGUACCUGAACGUGUCAGCUAAUGCCCUGGAGACAAUUCCCCCCAGCAGCCAAUCAGAGGAGAGCCUCAGCACUCUCCAGGAACUGUACCUGACGGGGAACAAACUGAAUGAGAACUGCGCUGCUCUGCUGGUCGGACACCAGAACCUCCGAGUCCUGCACAUGGCCUACAACCAGUUGCUCUCUUUCCCUGCCAGUAAACUGAGUAAACUGGAGCUGCUGGAGGAGCUGAAUCUGAGUGGCAACAAACUGAAGACCAUCCCCUCCACUGUGUCCAGCUGUAAGAGGCUACACACCCUCAUAGCACACUCCAACCACAUCAGUGUGUUCCCCGAGAUCCUCAACCUGCCAGAGAUCAAGCUGGUGGACUUGAGCUGUAAUGAGCUGACUGAGAUCCUACUGCCAGACUCUCUAACGGCCACCCUGCACGAACUGGACCUGACUGGCAACAGCAGCCUCAUGCUGGAGCACAAAACACUCAACCUGUUCAGUCACAUCACCACCCUGAAGCUGGACCAGAAGCCAGCCAUGACCACCGGGGACUCCCURGGCUCCUCCACCCUGUGGAACCACGGCUACUCUGAGAUGAGCGGACAGAGGAACAAGUUGUGUGUGUCUGUGCUGGCAGUGGACCGCUUUGGGGAUAGUGUUGAGGCGGCCUAUGGCGUCUUCGACGGAGACCGCAAUGAGGAAGUUCCUCGUCUGCUGCAGUGCACCAUGGGAGAUGUGCUGUCGGAGGAGCUGCUGCAUUCCAGUGUGGACAGUGUGUACAUGAGUAACACCUUCCUCACCUCACACAGGAAACUUGGCAUGGCUGGUCAGAAGCUGGGUGCAUCUGCCCUGCUCUGCUACAUCCACCACGAGCCGUCGGAGCUGGGCAGCUACUUCAGCCUGACGGUGGCCAACGUGGGCAGCUGCCAGGCGGUGCUGUGUCGAGACGGCCAGCCCCUGCCCCUCUCCAAGGUCUUCAGCCUGGAGCAGAGCACYGAAGAGAUGGACAGGGUCAAACUCAGCAAGGCGAUCAUCACUGAGGAUAACAAGGUGAGUGGAGUGACAUGCUGCUCUCGUCUGCUGGGAUGCUCUUAUCUGUCUCCCUGGGUGCUGCCCAAGCCCUGGGUGCGCACCGAGCCCCUGUGUUCCCAAGAUGAGUUCUUGAUCCUGGGGAACCGGGCGCUGUUUGAGAGGGUGUCCUACCAGGAGGCCGUKUGCACUGUGCAGGCCGUGAGGGACCCCCGCGCUGCUGCCAAGAAGCUCUGCACGCUGGCCCAGAGCUACGGCUGUCGGGACAAUGUGGGGGCGGUGGUGGUGUCCCUGCACAUCGGGGAGGACAGCUGUACCUGUGAGCCCCCUCACGCCAGUACUGGUACUGAACCCCGUGGACCCCCUCCAACACCCCUCCCCGUCACUGCUCCCCCAGGGGACCCGGCCACGCCCUCCUCCAGCAGUGGCAUCGCCUCAGAGUUCAACAGCGAGACUUCGGCCUCGGAGGUGGGGAGUGAGGCGGGCUCCACGGCCUCUGACGAGCACCCCUCCUCUGGCCCCACGGCCCGACCUGAGAGGCGCUGUAGCCUCCACCCUGCAGCCACGCUCUGUGCCCCCGCGGGAACCGGCUCAGCUGGGGUAGGGGGGCCCCACCCAGUCCUGUUCCAGCGCCAGCCCUCCUGUGCCACCUUCUCCAGUAACCAGUCUGACAACGGGCUGGACAGUGAUGACGAGGCUCCACUAGAGGGGGUCAUCUCCAACGGGAGCAAGCUGGAGGUGGAGGUGGACAUCCACUGCUGUGCUUUCCAGAUCCGCUCUGGGCCCCCCGCGAGCCACAAGGACCACAACCUGGACAAGACGCGCUCAGACUACCCCAACGGAAAGAUGCGUCGUCAGAACAGCGUGGUGGUGUCAGCCACUAACGGCUGCCUGCUGGCUGUGUGUGGCAGGGAGAUCUCCGACCUGAAGAAGUCCCCCUCCACCUGCAGCCUCUUUGGGAAGAAGCUCUCCAACGGCUCCGUGGUGGCCCCGGAAGAUAGCCACAACCUCAUCGAGGUAGCCGUGGAGGCCCCUAAGAAGAAGUCGGGUUACUUCACUGCUCCUGCCCAGCAGGACCCCGAGGACCAGCUGGUAGUGCCUCCCAGUCUAGAGCAGGAUGUUAGGGAACAGCUGAGGGGCCAGAGCCCUAUGGUCCCAGGACCUCCACCUCCUUUCACACCCCCCUCCAUCAGAGACCCUGUGUGGGACCACCCCCACCCCCCUGCUCCCAUGCUGCCCCAGCGGGACCUCGCCCCCAACCCUAUCCCUGCCCUACAGCAGGAAGUCUAUGAUACUGCCCUCUAGAGGGGGCCAGAGCACAGCGCCACCCUGUGGUUGUCCUGUGACAGUGCCAUACCAGGGGGGCAGAGGAGGUCUCUCUGGCACAGGUGGGAUAUUCCAGUUCAAGUUUCCAUUCAGCUCUGUCAUGAAGACAUGUGGGGCCUUGACUGUUCACACAUGAAUGCGUUACGUCACGUUAGACGUAGAGAGGUACUUAGCUAACUGUCUGAUGAACCUGGUGGAACUGUCUGAGUAUCAGAGCUGAACAGGCACUAAAGUCACUAACCAUGAAAAUAGGUUGUGAAAAGAAGGGGGCCACCAGAGGCCAAAAUACCCCAGCCUGAACUAGAAUACCUCAUGCUUUUUAGACUGCAAAACUUGUUUGCAACAUUUCCCUUUACUUGAAAGGAAGGUCAAAUAGUGAAAUGGUAGAAUAAUCCAUUUGAGUGUGUUAUCAUUCCAUUGCUGRGGGCUCCAGGGGUUCCUAGAUCCCAGGGACAAGUCCUGUGACCAAAAGGUGAAAAAGUGCCUACUGUAGAUGACUCAGCCCCAGAUGUCCCUGCCUCCCUGCCUGUGUGUGUAUGGAGGGGGGAGGGGACACACAUCAGUAUUAACCCUGGAAUAGGACAUCACUGUGUGACAGCGUCCUCCAGGGGCCACCAAUGGUACAGCCACUUCUCGCUGUCUGUCUGUCUGUCUGUCUGUCUGUCUGUCUGUCUGUCUGUCUCGUACUUUAUCUCCCUCUCUAACCUGUUGACUGCACAAUGGCAGCCGACAUGGCUGGCAGGACUGGAAACUGGGCUGACUGGCCCUUACUCUGUGGUACAAGGAUUCAGACUGUGUAUGYUAGAGGCAGGUAGGAACAUAACAGCAGGCGAUUUAAAAAAAACUAAUUUAAUUUUUAUUUACUAAAAAAACUAAGAUGUGACCCUUUCUAUCUACACCAUAAUCCUCUAUAUGGGACAUACAGUUAGUAUCUAUAUACACAUUUAGUCUGAGCAGUAUAGUGCAGAACCACAUAGUGGUGUAAUCACAUGGCCUGCUUGGCCUAGUCCUAGCAUCAGGAUGUGUAUCCAUUUGGAAACCAUUGAAGCCUUGCUGGGAGGAAUAAUACAGAAAAUAAUGUUCAAAAAUAGCAUCAAGCUCUCAAGAAAAGGCAAACGCAAAAUAACAUAACAUAACAGUGCAUUGCUCACCUGUACAGAAYCAAUAUGGCAUACUGCUUCAAAACCAUUAUUGUAACACUGUAUCCGUGACAGUGCAUGGUCAGCAAAUUUUGACAGAAAAAGUUGUUAUAUUAAUUGUUUUAUGGGCAACAUGAGUGGUGACAAUGAAGACGAAACAAUUGUUCACGGUGUUCAUAUCUCRAAGACGCUACAAUGCACACUAGAUACUGUACAGUAAUCAUUACAAAUGAUGGGUGAAAAAACAUGUUCUUCAACAUGAGUUCCUCACAUUAUUAGAGUGCCAUCAUUUAAGGAGUCCAGAUACUGUGAGGUGUGUAGCCCCUUUUUCUUUYGUUUUUCUAGUUUUACGCUUGUUGUACCCAGGAAAUUGUGCAAAAUCUCUCCAGUGACCAACGUAUCGAAAGUGUUUUAAGAUUUGAGAAUCAUUCUGUUCCCAUCAUUCCAUUAGCUUCACAGUCAACUAAACAAAAUAUCCAUGAGUAGUGUACUAAAAUGAGGAUGUAACAUGGUAUAUUAUUUUACAUGUAAAGUAUGCAUGUUGUGAAAGUCUAUUUUAGCCAUGCAGUUUGCAUAAUUCCUUUGGAGCCUAUAGAUAGAGCUGGUUGAUGUUCUUCAUUUUAAGUCAGUGACCGGCAAGAGAAAGAGUAAAAAUAAUUGAAAUAAUUAGAUAUUUCAUUCUCAUAGAUCUACUGACAGAUUCAAUAGGGGUUUGUGGGACAUCUGGUGGUGAUAACUAUGAAUUGCCUCAAAUGUUAGUCCUAUAUCAGUGAAUAUCACCAGUAUACUGUACCACUGCUACCACCUACUGUAUAACAGAUUCAGAAUAAGCACAGUGUGUUUUUGUUGGCAGGACAGAAAAGCUCAUUGUUGUCUUGGUGACAAUAAGGGCUGGUUUGAGUAAGAGGGGUGGUGUGAAGCUCACAUGAGUGGCAACACCAAACCAUUUCAACAGGUGGGUGGAUGACUGGAUGGGGUAUUGUGAAGGAACAACGUUUCAAGAGGUAUGUAGGACACCUGACCUAAUGCUGAGGAGGAUGUCAUCUUACUCUUCUUUCAGUGUGGAGACAAGCCUUUGUCUGUUCCAUAUGUUUCUAAGCUGUCAGAGGACCCUUGGUUAAUACCAUCCAACCAAUGAGGGAAACGGGUUUAUCAGAUUACGUUUAUGUGGAAUUUUAGCAAAAAUAUACAAUACUCUUAUCUACAAAUCAACUCACCAGAGCUAAUGAUCUCAUCCAUCUCAAAUGUGUGUCCUGGGAUAAUGACAUGAUGCAGAUGUGGGUUAAAGUAUCGACUGUAUUUGACACACAAAACAAAAAACACAGGUAUUCUUAUGUAUAGGGCCAAUGAGACAUUUAACUUAUACAUUACAUAUGCAGCUCACUGGAUAAUGAAGUGAUGACAUCACAAUGAGCAAAGUACUUUUGUGUCCCGAGAAGAGUGAAAAAACUAAAGUAUUGAGUGUAAGCCAUUUGUUUUGCAUCAGAAUUUGAGUUCAGACUUUAUUUGGGGCAUUUGAUAAUGGUUUUAGUGUUGCUGAGGUAUGGAGUGGUCCACAGUAUGGCCCUGGCUUUUAUCUAGCACAGACAUUGUGAAAUAUGUCCGUCAUGGACAUUGCUUUGAAUAAAGGCAUCUGCAUAAUAUGGGUCAGUUGACUGUGAAUAUGACAUUUCUAUAAAGUUGCACUUGUGCUCCAGCAAUGUUAAAGGAUAGUAUACCGCUAAUUGACUCAUCAUUGAUAUAACAAAGCUGCAGACCAAAAUCUACCCCCCUUCCCCUUUGUGCCAAACUGCCUAACUCUAACCCAUUUUAGAGAGAACAACUUUCUGACUUAGUAAGAGAGGGCUUGUGGUCUGACAAGAGAAUGACCGGGAUGUGUUCCUAGAUGCCACUGUGAAAAGGCUAGUGGCAUGGUUGUAAUACUUACCAUAGCUGCUUAGCUAGCUACAACCCUCUCUAUGCUUGUUCAUAGCCUUAAUGCAGCGCUGCCAGUCCUAAUGAUGAUGGGGACUGUCUUUUUCUGUUGGUUUUAUUUCCUUUAGCUGAGCUGGUUUUGCCCUUUGACCUUACGUGGCAAGGUCAGGAGCAUAUAACACGCCAAUAUUUUGCAUUCUUUUCUCCAAAUUGCAGAGGGAGCAAGGCAACGUUUCAAGCCAGUAGAACAAGGAUUGGGACCAGAGGGGUGGAUUCUAAAGGUUUMGUAGAACUGGCWGUAUUUUAGAUGCUCAAAAACCUCACAGCGGCUUCGAAAUGGCUAUUUACUUCAUUCUUAACGUUCUAGACUGGAAUGAUUGGUGAAUUUGCCUUUCUUAAGCUUGCUUGCUUAUAAUAUAAGAUGUAUUACAUACAAUUGAAGUCGGAAGUUUACAUACACCUUAGCCAAAUACAUUUAAACUCAGUUUUUCACAAUU